AUGGGUGAUGCAUCGAGUGGAAGUGUGCACAUGUGUUACAACAACAGGGACCGAUAUGGCAGGGGAAACAUGGCCCCGGUGAUGGACCCUCAACAGGACUGGGAAGUUCUGUGGGGAUUCGAGAACGGGACUCAUACCGUCCUCCGUUUCCGUCGCCGCCUUCACACGUGCGACUCCCACGACUGGACCUUCACGGGUGACACGGUUCGAGUGUUGUAUGCCUACGAUGAGGAAGACCCGACCCCGAGCGGGGGGAAUCUCAAGUACCACGGGUUGUUCCGCCGAGGCUCCCGGAGUCUCUAUCUGCUUCAGAGGCCGUCCAAGUCGCCGCAGGUGCUGCCGAAGCAGAGCGCCGAUGCGAGGACCUGGGACCUGCUCAACAACAACAUCUCGUUGCCCGAGAACAAGGACACACUGUACUGGUGCAAGGUGUUUCGCCUUCCUCCUCUUGGGGAUCAGAAGCAUCAUCUCAUCGGGUACGAGCCGCUGAUGGAUGAGAAGUACCCCGGGUACAUGCACCACGUCCUCGUCUACGAGUGCCACGGGCACGACAAGGAAUUCCAACAGAUGGAAGAUCACACGGGAUUCCAGUGUUACCAGGCCAACAUGCCGCCUUUCCUCUACGACUGCAACAACGUCAUCGCCGCCUGGGCUCUUGGUUCCAACGGCUCAUUAGGGGACAAGAGGGAAGAUAGUGUGGGAAAUGUCUCAGUGACAAUUCUCCCCGACUUGAAUGAAUAUGUUAAUGAGGGAUUCGUGUUCCCGGAGAGGGUUGGAUACCCGCUAGACUCGGGGGUGACCCGCUAUUACCUCAUGGAGACCCACUACGACAACCGAGAGCAGGACGGGGGGAUCCGGCAGACGUCUGGCCUCCGUCUCUUCUACAGGGCCGCCGGCGAGUUCCAAUCGGACAUCCAGGACGCGGGUGUCCUGUCCCUGGGGAUCCACCCCAACUGGAAGCAUCUCAUUCCACCGGGGCAGAAGACGGUCGUCUCUCAGGGUCACUGCGUUCCUGCAUGCACGGAAGAGAUCCCCAGCGGAGGCAUCUCUGCCUUUGCCGCCAUCCUCCACACCCACUUGAUCGGCGAGAAGGUGAGCGUGCGGCAGAUCCGAGGCGAGAAGGAACUCCCUCCCAUCGCCUCCGAUGACAGCUACGACUUCAACUACCAGGAAUAUCGGGAAUUCUCGGAGCCAAGGAAAAUCCUCCCUGGCGAUCACCUGGUGACGGAAUGCGUGUACAACAGUCAUCAGAGGGGAGCGAUGACGCUUGGGGGAUAUUCGACCAGAGAGGAGAUGUGCCUCGCCUUCAUAUAUUACUAUCCUCGAAUGGAUCUCUCGAUCUGCUAUUCCCUUCCAAGUCUUUCCACGGUCCUUCAGUCCCUGGGCAUCCAGGAGCUCGUCCCGGGAUCAAAUCCAAUCAAAAUCAAGUCUCCGGGAAGCCUGAGUGGGGUCACCCUGGAAGAGCGGCUCGUGUCGUACGACUGGAAGCACGAUUUCCCCAAAUUCCAGAACAUCACACUCAAGGGUUCCUUCCAGCCCAUGUGCUGGGCUUUCGACAGACCCAUCCUCACUCCCGAAAAGGACAGGAAGGAAUACAAUCCACCGGUGAUCCGAGUGCCGUACAAGCCUUUCGACAGGUGCGAGUCGCAGAGCCUGUCGUCGCACGUUCCCCUCACUCGCCACAACCACCAUCUCAUGCCCCCGAGGAAACACCCUCCGGACUUCGAACUCCCUUUCAUCCAGGUGUCGACCAAGAAUCGGACGUUCCCCGGUCCGAACGCAGACGUGCAGGAAGGCAUGAUGGACGUGGGGACGUCGGCUGCAUCCAGCAGUCGAUUGAGUGCAGCCGGGACGAACGUUCGCAUGUCUCUGGGGCACUGGACCAUGUGUGCAUUCUUCCCGCUCCUCUCUGCAUUGCUUCAGCACUUUUCCAGUGACUCGUGAAUCACGUGCACGCGAGUCACGCGACUGUGAUGAAGGAACCGUGUGCGCCUCAAUCGCCAAAUGGAGUGCCCUUCCUUCCCUAAACUGUGAUCAUGCUCAUCUCCAGACAUUUCUUUUAUCAACUGAGAGGAAUACAUUUAUUUCAUCUAGUCAUGUUGAGAGUCGGGGGUCACGACUCGACUCUGAAUGAAUUUGGCAGCUGAGCUUUCACGGCAUGCAAUCAAAUGCUUGAAUACUGCCUGCCAUACUCCUUUGUCCUUUGUUGUCUUUGCUCCUUUGUUGUCCUUUCCUCCUUUGUUGUCUGUUCCUUCCUGGCUUUGGACUGGUUUUCGUUACUAAUGAGACAGGGUAGGACAAUGAAGAUGCUUGAGAUGGGUUCUUGGAAGACCAGUGACCCAGUGGUUCUGAUUCUGCCGGGAAUUCUCAGAUAGAUUACGACCAGCUAGACUGCAGAUAAAUGACAUCAGUUCAUGAGCAUCUCGUCCUUCUCUUCUUCGUCAAGGCCCAGGUUCCCAAUGCAUCCAUAAUGUUAUUGGCAGUGGUGUUGCCUGUUGUGAAAUCUUUUAUUUUAUCCAGAACCUAUUGCUACUGUACUUUUGCCUGGACUCCAUCAAACGUGUGAUUUAUUUAUCUUUCCCUUUGCUUCUUGUGGUUCAGAGGAGCUGUAACAGACAGUGCUUUCUGAUGCACAAAAUAUCGAUCUGAUAUUGUGUCAACAAAGCUGGAUUUUUAUAUGGAGA